AAUCAUUACAGGCGUUUCCCAAUUUCUCGAGUCCGCAUUUCCUGGGGCUCCCCUCGACUGCGUUUCACUUUGCUAAUUAUUGCUUCCCGUACCAGCACACCAUUUUCACAACGAUACGCCUUUCCUAUCUGUACAACGCGCGCCGAUGGGCCCCGCGUCGUUCGACUCCGCCGCGCCGUUUCUCCUUCCGCAGCCCGCGUACGCGCUCGACCCCGACGACGACGGCGCGCACCCAGUGUCCGCGCUGCCCCCCGCGGCGCAGCUGGCGCUGCCCGUGCUCGAGCUCGUCGCGGCGGAGGAGGGCGCCAACCCCAGCCCCUGGACCGAGCCGCUCGAGAUCAAUGGCGUCGCCGAGCGGCGCGAGCGCAUGUGGCAGCAGCUGCGAGUCGCGUGCCAGAAGGCUCAAGAGGCGGAGCGGCGAGCAGAGGCGGAAUCCCAAGCCCCUCUGGCGCACGGGCCAACGGCGACUGGGGGAGCAUCGGCAGCAGCAGAGGGGGAGAGCAGCGCCCAGCCGAAAUCUCCUGGAGCCCAUGCCAGUGGUGCUUCUGCUGCUGCUGCUGGCGCGGCAGCAGGCGCGCACAGGCUGCCUCCCGGCCUGCUGCACUUCGGGCGCUCCAUCGCGCGCCUGGUGGGCGCGGGGGGGGGCGCGCGGGUGGCGCCAGAGUGGAUGGCGGAGGACGGAGAGAGGGGGGAGGCGGGGGAGAGAGACGAGGGGACGGGUGAGGGGAGAGUGGGGGGCGGUGACGGUGGAGCGGACAAUCUGGCCACGUCUGUAGGGAGUGAGGGGAGUGUGAGUGCCACUGGUGCAGGUGAUGCUGAUGCUGGCGCUGCUGGCUAUACUGCUGCUGCGGGGCGUGCAGUGCGUCGUGCGUUUAGUAACGAGGAUGCUCUUAGCGGGUUGGAGGGCGGGCAGGCAGCAGCAAGAAGCGGAAGACUAACGCUCCAGCAGUGGCAGCAGGGAGGGGCACAGGCGGGCCCUCGGGCACAGGCGGACCCUCAGGCAGGCGCGCAGGGGGGAUUGCCGGGCGGAGUGGGGGGGGGGAGAGGGAUGCGCGUGGCGGUGGGCAUGCAGGUGCAGCUGCCGCGGACUGUCUCGCCCAGAAUCCGCGGCUCCAUAACGCCGCGCUCGGGCAGGCUCAGGCGCCGGGGAGGGGCAGCAGGGGGCGCGGAUGUGCCUCUGGGACUGGCGAGCCCGGGUGGGGCUGGUGUGGGCGAUGAGAGCGCAAGGCGGGGCGGUGGGGUCCUGCUGGAGGAUGUGAUGGAGACGACAGAAGAUGUGAUUGUAGCAAGGGGUGGUGGCCGGGAGGUGGAACGGGCGGGGUCGUGGGGUGUGCUGCUGGGGGGCGUGGGGUUGGUGCAGCAGCGCGAGGAGAAGGAGAGGGAGUGGGCGCGAGCAGCAGCAGAGGCCGAGGCGCAAGCAGCAGCGCUGGCAGCGGCGGCGGCGGCGGAGAGAACAGCGGUGGCACGGAAGAGAGCAGGGCUUGACGGGCUGGAGGUGACUGUAACGAAGGGGGAUGUAGCGGCGACAGGGGCUGAGGUUGGGUGGGGCGUUGUGGGGUUCAUUCAGGUGGCGGGGGGGGGGGAGGAGGAGGAGGAGAGGAGGUUUGAAGUGGCGUGCGCCAUCCGAGUGAGGGACGUGCGCACGGGGCAGGAGUACCUGGUGGAGAACCCUGCGGUCCUGCUCUGGGGGGGAGGGGGCCAGGGGACAGGGGUGAGGGAGGCGGUGAGGGAUGAGAGGAUGACGGAGAGGAAAAGGAAAAAGAAGGUGCCACCUGCUGCCGCUGCUGCUGCCGCUGCUACUGUCGCUUCUGCUGGUGCUGGUGCUGCUGCUGCCGUUUCCACAGCAGGUGCAGGGGAAGGGGAGGAAGAGGGCUCAGCAGAAGGCGCAGUGGGCGGUGCAGCAGGUGCAGGUGCGGGGCGGAUGGCGUUAGACACUGGGGAUGCGCGGGGGCACGGAGUGGUGGGGGGGCAGGGAGAGGCGGGCGGAAGAGAGGGGACAGCAGGAGCAGAGGCUGGAAGAGCAGGGAAGGAGGGGAGGGAGGGGAGGGAUGACGGGGGGCAGGGGGAGGUGGGGAAGCGAGACGAGAGCGACUCCGAGGCGGAGUACCGAGACGGGCUGCGCUUCGUGAGCGCUCGGCGCGACACACUGAGCCUGUCGGACGAUGAGGAAGAGGGGCGACGGGAUGGGGCGAGGGGAGGGGCGAGGGGCGAGGAUGGAGAGGAGCAGAACCAUUCUGAGGCGUUUGCGGAUAUUGAGGAGGAAGGGGAGGAGGAGGGGGAGGAAGAGGAGGAUGAGGAGGAGGAGGAGGAGGAGGAGGAGGAGGAGGAAGAUGGAGAGGAGGGAGACGAAGAGAGGGAGGGAGUUUCAGCGGAGGGGGGAGGGAAAGGGAGCGGUGAGCGGGAGGAGGAGCGAGAGGGGAAGAGUGGAGGCAAGACUGCUUCGCCUGAGAGUGGGCGGAAGUCCAGGUGGGGGCGCAGGGCAGGGAAGGGGAAGGCAGGCACAGGUGGGGUCAAGGGCGAUGAGGAAAAGGACGGGGAGGAGGAGGAGGGCGUGGAGGGGAGCAGGGAAGUUAGGGGGGGGUUGGAGGAUAGUGCUGAGGGGGCGCGCAGGGCAGGCCCAAGUCGAGCCGAGGGAGGGGGUGGCUGAAGGCCAUCAAGCGCGCUGCGGGGUAUGGCGGCAGCGGCAAGGACAGCGGCAG